AUGCACACACGAGUCGUACGGUCUUUGGCGAGACUCAUCGCCCGGCAAUCUCUAAAGUCUACAAAUCCUGUGCGAGCUCUACCCGUAUUGAGGUUAGACACUCGACUGCAUCAAGUAAGUGCUCUCGCAACCUGCAACGGCCUUCAACUGAGCCUUCAAGCGAUCUUAGGAGGUCCUAGUCUGCUUCAAUAGGUUAGACGACAUGGCAGCACACCUCAUCUCUUUUCUGGAGCGCUCUCCUCCUCGACUCGGUCAUCACGAGCCGAUGAAUCCAGGACGCAGCGAUGCGGCGAGCACGUGCACUAGUGGAUCGGUAGCAAGAGAGUCGUCGUCGAGUGCGACGCUCAACGCAGCAACUCGGGAUCUCGCCGCAUUCCUCGAAGCUGCACCCAGCGGAGCGUCACAGCUACCAGGACCUGUCCAGCGCAAAACCGCACGCGCAAUAUUGGAGGAGCUUGCGCAUUCUCCCGUAACAAGUGUGGAAGGUGACGACUCUUGCGAUGCUGGGCGUGAGAGAAGCGGAGAGAAUGGCAAGGGUCCGGGGUUAGAUGAGCACGCGAAGUUGAUAGCUUUGCGAACACUCAAAGAGAUUGGAAGACUGUCUGCGGGCGGCAGCGCCGAGAUUGCAAAGCCGGAGGUGAGUGACGGGGGGGCUGACGAGAAUGAUUAUGCUUGCUGCAAUAACUCUGCUCCUUGUGGCCCCUGCCAGUCGCUUCGGACGCUUCUUGCGUGCGUCCAUAGACCGCCUCCCUCGCUCGAAGGCUACAAGGACAGUGGUGCUCCCAUCUCGAGCGCAUUGAAGCGCGUUAUUGGCCGCGUGACCCCCUCCAGCCGACAGCGUACCUCUUCAUCCAGCUCGAACAAGUCGCAAGCUUCUCUCGGACUAGUGCCCGAUAGCCGCAGCCGAGAAGCACGGCAGCGUAGUGCAUCGCCGUCUUCCCAUGAUGAGCGGAGCCUUGAAAUGCGCGACUGUAUCAGCAUCGAGCAGUGGCGGACAACCGACAUGGCCCUCAGAUGUAUCAACAAUGCGCUCUAUUUGCACGAAGACAUGCGGUCGCGCUUCGGAUCGCCCCAGAUAGGUGGUGGGCGCAUCGCGCUACAGAUGCUGCAGGUGAGUAGGAGUCCAGACGAAGUGGCAGAACACCUCAAAGCUGAUAGAAGCUCGUAUGUCGUUGAUAGAAUCCUUCUGUGACCCCUGCCGAAAUCCUCUUCCUGUCGGGAAGGCUGCUCUUCUACGCGACGCUCUUUGACGCUGAAUUUUGCAAAGCCGCCGUCGAAACAUUUGAUGCUCCUGGUAUUUUGUCUGAGGUGAGUUCGGCAGCUCGUCGCACGACCAGAGAAAUCGCAGGCUGAGCUCGCGGCAACUCACUUCCUUCAAGCAGCUAUUGCAGCAUGUUGCGUUUCAUCUUGGUCAAGCGAUCCCAGAGACCCUCGCCGCUGAGCUUGCGGUGCCAGGCUCGGAAGAGGCUUUGCGGAAUGCAGCAUCAGAGGCUCUUAAAGCUGCUUUCAACCUGACCCUGUACUAUCCGCGACAGGCAAAAGCUGGUCAUGGAACAAGCCCGCCCAAAGACAAGGCUGUCAUCGGCGAGGCUUGGUCUCCAGCGCUGGAAGGGUGAGCUGAGCUCCGGGAUCACGUGUCAUCGCAUUCGCCCAUCACACUCACUUCUGGCCUACCUUGCAGCCUCAUCGAGCCCACCAUUCAAUUGCUGUUGUCUGCCACAGAUCCUCUUUCCUUGCCAUUGGCCCCUCCUUUGACGAACGCCAUAGCGGUACUGCUGAAUUGUCCCGUCGGCGCCAAUAGAGCAGCUUGGUACUCAGUUCGGCGGAAUUCGAGGGACUCUGGAAGGAGCGAUGAUGAGCAAGUUAGCCAGCCGGCAUCACCUUCCACAGCUAGGCGUGUGGCGAAUGUCUUAUUUCCGAAAAGUUCGAGCACCGCGUCACCUCGAUUUGGAGGCUCCAGCACUCCUAGUUCGCCAUUGUCUCAGCACCUUUCGCUUUCUGGUCCUGACACAGCCAGCACUACUGGUGAAAUGGGAACGACCAUCAGUAGCACGGGUGUCGCUUUAGCCCCCUCAAUUUUGGCGGUACUAGUCAAUAUGCUAGAGGGCGCCCUGCUGCGAUAUUUCCCAGCAGUUGACGACAGUGACGAUAGCCAAGCCAAACACGCUGCCGCAAGAGACGGUGUUGAUCUCGAAGACCACCAUCAACCUUUGAUCCUCCUCUUGCGCAAGCUGGCAACCGAGGAUCAGCGUUGCAGAGCUGCUCUGCGAGCACGUCUGCUUCCAUCAGACAUGUCAGUACAUCUGUGGGCGUGACGCCUGAGAAUCGCAGCUGAAGCGCCGAGCUUCCUCUUCUUCUACCACACGCAGUGACCGAUCCUCACCGCUCGACAAGCGCAAUGAUCUCACAGGACGAUGUGUCCGCUUGAUGAGCUCUGUCUUCCUCUCGCGUCUUGCGCGCGUAAUGGGCGAGAUGCUACUCGCUGUCUGCGACGGCAAUCGUGAGUAGCGCGGAAGAUCUUUGCGAGUCUGAGCGCGCCCCACGUUUCUUUCAUCACUUACAUUGUUCUUCUUUGCAGCGAAAGUCAUGACGGCAGAAAUUGGCUACGGGCCUUGCGCAGGCUUUCUCAUGUCCGCAAAUCUUGCAUACGCUUUGCCGACCGAAUCAAGGUCAGAUGCCAGCACCGCCAAGAACGGACCAAAACGGACCAUCAACCCAAUCACCGGCCAAUACGACCCGACUCCAGCCGAACUUGCGGACGACGAGAUCUCGAAAAUGUCAGACGAGCAGAAAGAGAUCGAAGCGGAAAAGCUGUUUACUCUGUUUGAUCGAUUGGACAAGACCGGAGUAGUGAAGGCUCAAUCCCAUCCCUUGCGAGCGGCGCAAGAAAGCGGCAGAUUCGAGGAGAUUACUCGGGAGAUCGAGGAGAGGGAGAGGCAGAGGGAGGAAGAUGAAGAAGCGCAGAUCGAGAAGGACGUAGAAAGAGAUAUGCGCGCUUUCAGAGAACGUAGACAGCCCCGCACCUGA